AUUCCCCCAGUUUUGUUCCCAGUUCUACCCACUUGCAAUAUGUCAGGCGCUAAGAAGCCCAGAUAUGUAGCUAAUCCCAUGGAAUCAACCAUUACAACACCGAGCGAAAGAAUCCUGAAAGAAUGCCACAGUUUAUAUAUCGACAACGAAAACGGAUUGGUGAAAAUUGCUGACAGUUUGGGUGUUAGGCUGUUACCUCCUCGGAAAAAGAUUAUAGUUAUGAUCAUGGGAAACCACUCCGCUGGGAAAAGCUCCUUUAUUAACUGGUAUGUGGAGGAGCACAUACAGAAAACAGGCGUUGCCAUAGAGACACAAGGCUUCACAUUUAUAACCAGUGGCAGGAAAAGAGAAUCACUAACGGGAAAUGCUACGUUACACCUCUAUCCACAUUUCAGACCAUUGCUGGAGUUCAAAGGUGUCACGGAUUACCUGCGUGCUGAGAUUUCCACCUCCAAACAGAAGAGGUUCAGUCUGGUGACAUUUGUGGACACGCCAGGGUUGGUGGAUGGAGAUAUGGUGUACCCUUUUGAUGUCAACAAUGCCAUCACCUCUUUUGGUGAGCAGGCGGACUUGAUCUUUGUGUUUUUUGAUCCGAUGGGGCAGGCGUUGUGCAAACGGACGUUGAACAUUGUUGAGAAGCUAAGUGAGAAGUGUGGAGACAAACUGCGCUUUUACCUAAGCAAAGCUGACGAGGCUGGACGAGAAACAGACAGACAGCGAGUGAUGAUGCAGAUCGUCCAAGAGUUGUGCAGAAGACCUGGACUCAACAAAUGUGGUUUUGAGAUGCCCACAAUAUACAUCCCCAACCCACAAAAGCCUAGCAGGUGUGUCAACCAGAUUGAUGAAGUGUGUGAGACCAUUGAUAAGAGCAUAAACCAAGCAGUGCAGAAGACGCUGGACCAGCUGGAGAAAGACUGUGACCUCAUCAUCUCGACCACCAGCAAUACACUGGAUCUGGACCGGGUAAAUGUGAGCUGUAAUAAAAGCAAUCGUUUUAAUUCCUUCAUGUGUGGACUUCUGGGAGUUUUCCUGCCAUUUCUCUUCAUCCUUAGCUUCGUCAUCUGUACUUUUGCUCCAGAGGAACUGGACACUCACGUAGGGGAGGGCAUCGCUAAAACCCUCUAUCUUUCCUCAGGAAUAGUUGUGUAUCUAUGGGACUGGAUCCCUGAAGACUGGCAGAUAUUUUUUGUGAUCACUUUCGGCGCGCUGUGCUACCUUUUGCUCUUUCUGGCCAAAUAUUUUGCACGCCAGGGCAGUAAGACGAUGACUAAGCGAGAGAAGAAGAAACUGGUUGAGUGCAGUGAUUACAUAAAGGAUGUCGUCAAAACCAAAAAGCGGAAACUUUAUGAGGAGUAUCUUCGGCAAUGUGCCGCAGAAUAUGACUUCUGAAGAAAACCGACCAAUAUCAGCCGUUGAAAAGCAUUGGUCUCAUUGGUCACAUCAGGACAGUAUGAAUAAAUAAUGUAAAGCACAGCCACAUCUGAAGUGUUGAUAGAUUGAUGUAUGUCUAGGAUAUAUUUAGUAUGUAAAAUUGUAAGAUGAGAACAAAUCAGUGCCUUUUUUGUUAAAUGUGAAUAAUUCAGAGCAAACAAAUGACCUCAAACAUGUCCUCAAUAUUCUCUUACACCAGCUAGUUUUUUUUAAUGUGAAACAUAUUUAAUAAUCAGACCUAGAUCUGUUAACAGUCAAUAAGCUGCAUUAUUACAGUGACUCUAUGAAGAUUUGAUUGGGUGAAUCUCACACACAGAAAAACAUGAAACAAAAAUGUAUAUUAUAUUUUGCGUAAAUUGAAGCCUGUUUUUUGGACAGUUCAUAUUUUUUUCAUUGCAGCAUAUUUUUUAUUUAAAUCGGCAUAUAUUCUCAAUAUAUACAAUUGUAAACUGUGAAACCCAAAUAUAGGGUUAAUUUUCCUUAAGUAAAGAUUAAUAAUGAUUUAUUGUUUCAAAAAGUUACGUGAGAUUCACACAAUUAUCCUGAGAUAUUAUCUUCUUUUCUGUGACCUUCUUUUGAUCUACAUUUAAGCACUGUGGGAGAAUCCAAAGGUUUACUUGCCCAAUGAAUUUAACCUCACAUUUUCGUCUGUGGAUCCCCCACCCCCAGUAUUCAUAAAGGUGACUUUCUACUUUUACUGUAUAUAAAGUAAUGCAUUAAAAUGAUUGUUCUUGUGGACACAGAAUAGGCACUGCAGUUUAUAUAAAAACUGUCAGUAGGUCUUCCUUUCAUUCAUGUGUUUGUUUAUUUACUGUUGCAUGUUUGUUUGUGUUUAUGUAGUUUAUGUGUGAUUUGAAAAUGAUUGUUCAAUGCACUGAAGUGAUGCUGCCUACAUGAAUCAUUGGUAACACGUUACAAUAAGGUUGCAUUCGUUAACUUUAGUUAACAUGAACUAACAAUGAACGUAUCUUUCAUCUUGGUUAAUGUUCAUUUCAACAUAUACCAAUGCAUUUUUUAAAGUAAAAGUUGUAUAUGUUAACAUUAGUUAAUGCAAUACAAAGCUAACAUGAACUGACAAUUGUAGUUUCAUAAAUGUACUUAAACCAAGAUUAAGAAAUGUGCUAAUAAAAAAAAUAUAUAGUUCAUUGUUAGUUCAUGAUACCUAAUGCAUUUACUAAUUUUAUCAAAUAGAACCUUACUGUAAAGUGUUACCAAAUCAUUUAAACUUAGUUUAAAAAGUUAAAAUUUUUUAACAUUUUAGGGCAUUUUAUGAAUAUUAGGAACUUGCAAUAAGAACAUUUUUUUUAAUAGUUUUUCUUGUUUUGAAUAUGCAUUUGUAGAGUCAUUUAUCUUUACAGUCCAUAUGUAAUGCAGUUGGCCAUUGUCAUACAGGGUGGAACCAAGAACUGAUUUUCAUUUAAUCUUAUUUUUUGUUGUUGUUUAUCUGUUUAAGGUAAAUGUCAGUUUUAAUAAACAACAGCACUUCUGUGACUUCAGAGAAAGCAUUUGUGCAUUUACCUCAAUGUUGAAAAAAAAAAAAUACACAUUUUAGGAAAUGUAAUAAAUAUUGUUCAUAUUUUCACAGUGUUCAGCUACUGUCAACGUGCUUUUCCAAACAGAUGCCAUGUUCAUCUUAAAAUUCUCUCAUCAUUUACUCACCCUCAUGUCAACCCAGAUGUGUAUGACUUUCUUUAUACAGCAGAACACAAGCAAAGAUUUUUAAAAGAAU